AUGGGUGCAGAAGGUAAAGCUGGUUCACAAGGCUCACAGGGUGAGGCUGGUGCUGCUGGUAUGGAUGGUCGGGAAGGAGCUCAGGGAGCAAUGGGCGUCCAGGGUGAAGACGGUCCGGCUGGUAUUGCUCAGAACUGUGGACGUUGUGCUUUACCAAAGCUUGCUCCUGGUUACUUUUUCAAGAAACACUAAGA